AGAUAAUUGAACAUAGCCCGAGAUGAAGAUUUGCCCGCAUUUUGUUUCAGCGAUUGACUGAAUUCUCGCUUUUCAAGUAAGAAAAUUUCAGUUGUUAUGUGGCGAGUCAUCGCACUCUGCAUCGUGGUGUUAAUCACAGCGACAUCAGUUUCUGAAGGAUUAUUUGUCUCUUGGGAUAAAAACGCCAAUUUAACCAAAGAUGACAUAUACAUUAGCUACAAGCGCAUUUACGUGCCUAACAAAUUUGGAAGGAUAACUCAAGAGUUCAGGAAUCUUACUUCACACACACUGGACGAGCGCUGCCAGAAAGGAAUGCCGCUGUCCAUAUCAUGGAGUUUAAACGAGCCUUACUCUGGAGUACUGGGACCGAAAAUCGGUAGAAAAUUGGGUUUUGCUGCGCGCGGAAUAUUUCCAAAUGUGGUUCAACGGCUUGUCCACCACUGCUGUAACGGAAGUGAAAUAGUGUAUGGUACAUUCAUGAAGAGCAUAAGGGAGGCAGAGGAUCACUUUUCCGAACAAAUGUACGAUUUCACAUUCCCGGUGUACAGAUCCAAAAUGGACAAAGACCUGUACAGGGACCAACCGUUUGUGACUGUGGUGGCCGCACCAAGAGUCGUAUUGCUGGUCUACGAUGGACCUCAGAAAACAAGAACACAGAAUCUUGCUGACACCAUAUUUAAUGCCUGGCCGUUCCUGAUAUUUAUCCUGGCAGCAGCUGGUGCAUCUGGGAUGACUGUCUGGUUAUUGGAAUAUGUUUUCUUCUCAAAAGAAUUCUCAAGAAAAUUUGUGAAUGGUGCCUGGGACGGUUUCUGGUGGGCUGUUGUUACCAUGACAACUGUAGGUUAUGGCGACAGUUCGCCGAAGUCCCUGCCUGGUCGACUAUUCUGCUUCAUUUGGAUAAUAACUGGUAUAAAUAUAAUAUCCAUAUUUACUGCACUGGUCACAGCCACAGUAACGGCAUCAACACGACCGUACUUCAACAUUCAUGGCGCCAAGGUAAAGAGAUGUCUUAAUGAAGCUUAUCACUCCACACUAAAUCACUCUACACUUCUAUAAUAGGUUCCUUCAAAGAGAGAUUUUUCAAUCAAGCUGAGGCCCUAACAAGCGAGAGGUUUUCUGAUAGUUGAAGAAAAACCUUAAGUACAAGCAAACAGAUCAAAAAAUCGCAUUCCCGUGGUCAACCAUAAAGACUACAAAUUUCAUUUUACAAAGAGACGCCAUGAAAAUGAAUUCUCAAAGGUUGUCCUUAUAUAAAAGGAAAACCUUCGAGAAUUUAUAA